AUGCUGCUUCCUAAGGGCGGCGUCAGCUGGAAGGCUGCCAGGUCAAAUCUACCACCAACAAGGGCAAUAUGGGUCUUGUUCACCAGGUCGCGGUUCCUGCUUCUCCUCGCCCUCACCGGCUUAAUAGUCUUGCUAUGGCGAGGUAUCAGAAGCUCUGCGCCGGAUAUGCAAAGGUUCUACUGCUGGGGCCCUUCGAAACCACCCAUGGAGAUGACGCCGAAUGAGCAGGCAUCAUGGACCUCCCACCUCAGCACCCCCGUAAUCUUUAACCACCAUGCGCCGCUCGAGAUCAACUCGUCCACCAUCCAACACGUCGACCUGAACCCCAUCAAGUCCACGACGAAGGCCGUGCAAAACAACGAGCGAGUCCUCAUCCUCACUCCCCUCAAGGACGCCUCUCGGUACCUCUCGAAAUACUUUGAGCUCGUCGCCAAGCUGAGCUACCCCCACCACCUCAUCGACCUCGCUUUCCUCGUCAGCGACACCACCGACGACACACUGGCGGUGCUCGCCGCCGAGCUCGACCGGAUUCAGAAGCGCCCGGACAGCGUCCCCUUCAGGAGCGCAAUGGUGGUAGAAAAGGAUUUCGGCUUCAUGCUAAGUCAGGAUGUUGAGGACCGUCACGGCUUCAAGGCCCAGGCGCCGCGGCGCAAGGCCUUGGGCAAGGCCCGAAACUAUCUCCUCUAUACGGCGCUCAAGCCUGAACAUUCCUGGGUGUACUGGAGAGAUGCGGAUAUCGUUGACAGCCCCGAGAGGAUUAUUGAGGACUUCAUUGCCCACGACCGGGAUGUUCUCGUUCCCAAUAUCUGGUUCCACCGCUACCAAGACGGCCGCGACAUCGAAGGCAGAUUCGACUACAACUCAUGGGUCGAAUCCGACAAAGCCCGCAAGCUCGCUGCGGGCCUAGACAAGGAUACUAUCAUUGUCGAGGGUUACAGAGAGUUCGACACCGGGCGGACGUACAUGGCCAGGAUGGGGGACUGGCGAGACAACAAGGACGAGGAGAUUGAGCUGGACGGCGUCGGCGGCGUCAACAUCAUCGUCAAGGCUGAUGUGCACAGAUCAGGGAUCAACUUUCCGUGCUACGCCUUCGAGAACCAGGCAGAGACAGAAGGCUUUGCGAAGAUGGCCAAGCGGGCUGGGUAUGGCGUCUACGGCCUACCCAACUAUGUCGUUUGGCAUAUCGACACCGACGAGAAGGGCGGAAACGUAUAA